AUGGUGGCGGGGCCCUGGGGCGAUUGGCCCGAAGGCCGUACCGGUCUACUGCUCGACUACGCGGUUUUAGGUCAACGCACCAAGGGGUGCGGGCGCCUCAAAGCAAGAAAACCUUACCAGCAUUUCAGGGGCUGUAGCGGCUUACGACCUCUUCUCUCUCCCCUCUCUCUUCUCUCCCGUUUCUCCCCCAGACACAAUGAAGGAGAAGGCGACUCGUGGGUGCGGCCGGGGCCGGUAGCCCCGGGGCCAGUGGCGUGGAUGGUGGGGCCUUGGGGCUAUCGGCCCGGCUGCAGGCGCCGGGUUUCCGCUCGAACAACUUCGGACCAGAAGAUCAACUGUGCAGCUCCCGUUUCUUUCUUCCUAUUUCUUCCCCUGCAGCUUGCCUGGUUGUGGGGAUGGGACGGGAAUCGGCCUGACAUCAUCACAGGAGCCCCCCGUCCUCACCUCGGGAUGGAAGAGGCGCCCCCCCGUGAGGGGUGCGGGCGCUUCAAAGCAAGAAAACUUUACCAGCACGGCAGGGGCUGCAUCGGCUCGCGAUCUCUUCUCUUUCUACUCUCCCCCAGAUCCUGCAAAGGAGGAGACGACUCUCGGCGAUCAUCUCAACUCGAACAGCAUCAAUAUAACAUACACCCUUCCGUCACGCCCGAGAGUCGCAACACACAGGGGUCCAUGAUCGCCGCGGCGCCUCGCGGCCGCAACCACCGCCAUCGGUGGAGGCGGCCGCGGGGCGGCGGGGCCCUCAUCAUCCUGGACACCCUACUUUCGCAUCAUCAUUCAUCGUUCACGCUCCAUCACACCCUCGUCAACCAUUUCAAUCAUCCAUUCCUAUUUGGGAACAGGGGUUCUAUCCUCACCUCACCCUCGCUUUUCUUCCUUCACCAUUCUUCGACCCCUGUUUCCACUUUCUCAUCACCCUCUAUCCCCUUUUCUUUCUCUCUACCCCUUAGGAGGGGGCUAAAUUGGAACAUCGAGAAGCUCCCGGGUGAAUUCCCACCCCCUCCGCUCAUCCUCGCCUCAUCAUCAGCGCCUCUCCCAUUUUUAAAGGGAGUUGGUAUAAUCCCCCCUCAUAAGGGGGAUUUAAAGCAGACUCAUUCAGGUCCGACAACUAAUAACAUUUGGAAUUUUGUAAAAAAAAAUAAAAAAUAAAAAAGAUUAAUAAGAUAUAAUUUUUGCGGGCGCCAAGAGGUAAACAUGAGCAGGUUUACCUCUUGGCGCCCGCUUAUCGUUGAAUUUUGGGACACGUUGUAUAUGUCGGAAAGUCAUGCGGGACCGGCGGAAAGUUAGGUUGAUCAACAUUUGCCAUCUGACUAGUGUUCGAGAUAUUCCUUCGAAAUAAGAUCGCAGAUAAAUCACAAAUCAGUUAUUUAAUUGAAUUAAUUAGUUAUCUAAUCGGAGUACAUUAAUAAUAACGCGAUGCAAACGGAUUGCGAUACGAAACGCGGAGAGUUCUGCGCUUGCGUCCGCUCAAUAUGGCCGCACAACGUAAAGUGCUAUCUUCGAACAAGCAUAGACCACUCCCAAGCGAUGACAGUAGUCAAUGUCAUAACUUGACGUUUCGCAAAGCACCAUAGAUCUUGACAGAUGACAGCUGCAGGUGACAGAUGGCGUUUCGCACAAUCGAAGCGCCUUCUCGCCGACAUACAUAUAUAUUAUUUUUCACUAAAAAUAUUUUCAGUAUAGCCUUGUUAAUGCAAAAUUGAUCAAAUAUAGGUAAUAAUUGUCGAUAUAAUUUAAAAAAAAAAAUCUUAUAACAUUAAAGUCUUACCUUUAGAUAUAUUUAAUUCUGCUUCUGGUCUGCCUUCUAGGUCAAUAUUAUUUAAUUUGUUUUUGCGAUACUCGUUUAGCGACCAAAGCGACAAACACAGCUCAUAA